AUGCAGCAAGAUCUUUGUGCAGCAAGACUGCCUCCACCACGGCCAUCGUUUCCAAGCUUUUAUUGCGCGUCUCAUGCUAGUAAUCGCUAUGUAGAUCUCGACGUGGAUAGGUGCAUACGGCAGCACUUGUUUUCUGUAGCAUUAGCUAACUUGCAGAUUCGAUUGAAGUCACACCGGCUUGUGUGCCUCAUUUACGCAUCGUGGUGUAGUCGGGACAAUUUAUCAAGAGUUAAUGGGAACCUGGAGCUCGAUACGCCAUCAUCGAGUCAUCGGCUGUCGCAUCGCAACGUCUUCGCAUAG